AUGGAAGGAGUAGAGCUGGUGAAGCUUGACCCCAUUGCCCUCGGCUCGCAAGAAGAAGAAAUAGAAGAACAAAAGAAAGACGAAAUAAUGACUGCAGAAGAAUCUCAUCCCAUCCAGAUACCCUUGUUGCUCAGCAACAACAAUAGCAAUCAUCAUGAAGAGACUAGCGUAUCAUCGUCGUCGUCGUCGAUUCAUCAGGAAGCAAAACCGUCGUUACCGCUGCCACUCUUGUUGUGCAACAGUGUUUACGGCUUUACCAUGUCACUUGCCACGCUCCCCAUGAUGUACAUUAUCAAUACGCGAGUUCCCUUGCCACUGGCCAUUCUUCCCACCUACUAUGCCUUGGCAUUUUUACCCUUUUCCUUGAAAACCCUCUACGCCUACGUGGCUUGUUUCACAAAAAGACGCCAUGGCAUGUACGUGGGAUGGAUUCUCUGGGCGUUGACCAGCAGUGUUGGAUGGACACACGUAGCAUCGAGUGGUGGCGUGUUUGCCGUGGGAAUUGCCAAUGGCACCUUUACGGCAUGGUCGGGCUUUCUCUUGGGAUUGACGUCACUGGACACGGCAAGAGCCCAGUACCAAACCUUUGAGGUUUCCGCGUCUGUCUUUCAAAGUCAAGCAUCCACCGCCCGCAAUGUGGGUUCCUUCUCGGCGAGUAUCAUUAGUUGUAUUGUGUUUGGAGUGAACCAAACACAGAACAGUGGUGACUGGAACACGGCACUGGUCGAUGGAAUGUUCUGGGCCACGGGAUGCUGCCAGCUAGUUGGCUUGCUGGUGGUGUUGUUGUGUGGACAAGCCUUUGAACCUGCCAUGCAAACCACGACCAUGCCAGCCACAACCAACGAUACUACCGGAUGUAGCCAAAGACCUUCGUAUUCGGCGUUGGAGGUUCACCAGAGCCAAGACGAUGACUUUCAAGACGAAGAAGAAGGCUCCACUACUGGUACCAACAACCCACAAUCUUCGUUCUGCAGCAUGAACGUUGUCAUCAUCGUGGCGCUACAAGUAUCCAUUCUAGUGCUGGCCUUGAGGAAAGAAAUUGUAAAGGGACUUGCAGGACACAACAAUAUUGUUCCCAUUUCACUUGGUUUGAUUGGGCUCCUUGCCCUGACAGCAGUCGGCUUUUAUCGUUGUUCUCGCCAACCAAACCGCGAAGCAGCAACAACAACAACCAUGCAAACUUUUCGACAGCGCCUCAGUUGGUCGCACAUAGUGGGUGUGGUCUUGAUCUUGCGACAUGCCGUGCCAAGUACAUCCAGCAUUUUGAGUUCGUUUGUCUAUCAUUGCUUUGAAACGCAACCCUUUUGGUUGCAAGUCUUUACGUUGGCGGAUACGGGCAUGAUUACCCUGGCGUCAUGGUUGUACCAAAAGUUGUUGGCGCCGCAUUACAGCCACGGACGCAAGCUGAUCACUCUUUUGGCAAUCAUGACAGUCAUCAAGCAUUCCUUACAGAAUAUGCACCUGUUUGUGGUCCACGCCAAGGACUACACGAGCCCCACGUUCCCGUGGAUGGUGCUGGCCAUUAAAGGACUCGCGGCUUUUCUCAUGGAAGCCAGCUUUCUGCCGAGCUUUGUGUUGGCAACCGUAACGGUAUCGGAGACCAAAGCAACCUGGGACAAUGCCGACGACACGAGUGAGCAUCAACCACUGCCGGACUAUGACGACGCAGGACAGCAUCAAACAAACAGCAAUGAACAAGAAGACAACCCCACAUCACGAACAACACCAGCCAUCAAAGCAUCCACGUCCACCAAUCUCAUGUACGGAAGCCUUGUUAGUUGCAUCGAAUUUGGGGAUCAAAUAGGAGCCAUCUUGGCAACUCCCCUUGUCACUGCCUUGAAUAUCACUCGGGAAAACAACUGGCACAACUUGGACGUCAUGAUUGAACUCUGCUCUGGCAUUGGAGUGUUGUCGGCGGGUAUGUUUGUGCUCUUGCUGUGCUACCUCCCCCCUGCCGCACAAAGCAGUCCGCAACGACCGCAAGAAGUUUGA